AUGUCCACCCAGAACGAAGAACAAGUAUCUUCACCUACCCAAUACCAGUCACCUAGAACCCUAGCCCUAGAAAUACCCCUAGAUAUACCAAAUCUUCAUAACUCUGACCAAUUUGAAGAAGAUCAGGAUGAAGACGAUCUAGAGGUGCUUACCCCCGUCUCUCAAUCCACUGUCCCCACUCUCAUCCGCCGUCCUCCUAUCAAACGCAAGAAACUUAACAAAAAAAACCGACGCGCUGCUGCUCUAGGAAAGAAAUGGUUGAAAAAGCUCGGAAUUCUUAAGCAAACCCUAAGACCAAUUCCUUUCCGUCCCAACAGAAACCUAGAUUUCUCCCGCCAUGAACCUCUGUUGAAACGAAUUGGGUUAUGGGAUUUUGUUCAUCUGGAGUUCGACCCCAACAUUCGUACGGAUCUCAUCGCCCAAAUCAUCGCAAAUUACAACUCGAGCGCUCGUAGCAGCUACGUCAACGGUGCAAGAGUCCGUGUGAAUCGUGCGGAUUUGUCCCGCGCAUUGAAAUUGCCGGUAGGGAAGGAUAAGAAUAUCGUCAAUGUGCAUGCGUCGGACGGUUCUGGGGAGUCUUGUGAGAAAGAAUCGGAGGAGUCGAUAGGGUUUAUCCAAGAGGUAGUGUCGAAUUGGAUGCUUUUGCAUGACGACACGUGGAUGAUGCCGCAGGAUGUGCUGAAUUGGAUGAAUAUGAUCAAAGAAGGGAAUUUUGAGAAGACUUUGUGGGCUACUUUGGUUUGGUUUAUGGUGGAGAAAGAGUUAACGGUCUCAAAGUUGGAGAAUUGUUAUUACGCUUCGCAUUUGCAGUGUUUGAUCAAAUGUCAGAAAGCGGAGUUGUUGAGAGAAGAGGUCAAACAGCAGCAGGGGGAGGUGAUAGAGGAGAUCAAAGAAGAAGAGGAGGAGGUGAGAGAGGAAGUCAAAGAGGAAGAGGAGGGGGUGGGAGAGGAGGUCAAAGAUGUAGUGGAGGAGGUGAGAGAGGAGGUCAAAGAUGUAGUGGAGGAGGUGAGAGAGGAGGUCAAAGAUGUGAGAGAGGAGGUGAGAGAAGGAGAUAAUGUUGUUAAUGUAAAAGAGAAUGUUGUGAAAGAGGAAAAGGAGGUUGUCGGAGAUGAUGAUGUCGUCAAUUUUGGGGGAAAUAAAAAUGAAGAACAACAGGGUCCUGGUUAUUGGAUGGGAAAAAUGAUGUGUGCGAAGCGGGAUAACAUGAUUGAACACUUGCAUAAGGCGAAGUUGGAGGAACAACAUAAAAGGCAGAUUGAUGUCUAUAAGCUUGAGCGUGAACUUUAUGUUAUGGCAAAUGUCCUUGAGGGAUAUAGAAGGCUUUGAAAAGAUCAUAAGGCAUUUGCUGAAUAUAGAGCACGGUGCCCGCAGGCUGAUGAUCCGCUUUACCAGGAUGUUACUGGUGGGGGUUUAGUUCUAAGCACUAUGGAACUGGAAAAGGAAAGUGUGAAGCAAGAAGAAGAGAGAAGGAAGCAAGAAGAAGAGAUGAAGCUAGAAGAAGAGAGACUAGAAGAAGAGACAAGGAAGCAAGAAGAAGAAAGAAGGAUGCUGGAAGAAGAAAGAGUGAAGCUAGAAAAUGACAGAAAGAAGCAAGAAGCAGAUAAAAGGAAGCUAGAGGAAGAAGAGACAAUGAACCGUGUGCUAAUUGAAAAGAAAAUUAAGGAGUUUGAAGAAGGAUGGAUUUCAAACUUCGAAGCACAUAAUUGUGGGGUUCAUAUGCUUUCUAUGAAGGUGCUUGAUGUUGAAAAUGAGGUAAAACACUUCAAGGAAUUGCUUGCAAAACAAAAGGUUUCUGAAGAUACAAAAUGCGCUCCAAAUGAGUGAUUGUCUGGUCGGUAAGUCAAUGAAUUGAAUCAUGUUACUAAUAGGUUAAUGGAGAGGAACGUUUAGCCAAAAAAAUUAUAGUUUCUGCACCUCUUUUUCUUCCUAGUUUAUAGAUUUAUGUAUUUAAAUCUUUAGUAUGUGUUGAUAUGUUAAGAUGGCGGCAGAUCAUUUUAGUAGGCUAGAAAUGCUAUACUAUGUUGUCUGCUUGUGAUCACUCAUCAUUUAUGAACGUGCAAUUUGUGCUUCUUGUUUGCCGUUAAAUAUGAGCAAUGAAUUUGCUAAUUCCCUGCCCCCAAGCUCCUCUGUAUUUGGGAUUACGCAAAUUAACUAUUGCCUGAUGAGUUGUUUCUGGGGUGAACUUCUUUGAUAGGUGGUGUCUGCAAACUUGUUCCUUAUUUGUUAUGUUAGCCAUUUACUUGUUUCUUCUUUUAAAACAUGUUUUGUACACUUUCUCAUGAUUGCUAAAAAAAUGA